AUGGCCGUGAAGAGCAUCCAGAUUGAAGCUGCCCACAACACUGACAUUGAGAGAGAGACGAAGAUUGUAUCUCAGCUCGCACACAGGCAUAUCAUCCAGGGCUAUGGCGUGGAGCAGGACGGCAACUAUGUGUACAUCAUCACGGACUAUGCUGAAGGCGGCAACCUCAUGGGUGCUACUCCGAAACUGGACUGGGACAGCAAACGAAGGAUUGUGACGGAGGUGGCUCGUGGUUUGGCGUAUCUUCACAACCAGGAUAUCUUGCACAGAGACAUCAAGGGAGACAACAUCUUGCUGACGAAGCACAACGAGGUCAAGCUGUGCGAUUUUGGGCUGGCUAAGAUCAUAGCUUCGGCUACGCGCUCUUCGACAUACACACAAAAGGGAACCCCGAAAUGGAUGGCACCAGAAUUAAAAGUCGUGAAACCCGAGUACUCAACCAAGUCUGAUAUCUAUACACUCGACGUUGUGAUGGAGGACAUGGUAAACGGAGACGCGCCUCUA